UCUCGACGGUAUCUCAGUGUCGGUGCAAUCACUUCCGGGUGCCUCAAGCACACGUGAAAAAACAUGUUGGAGAAACACAAGCAUUAGUGGAUGUAAUGCGCAACUCAUUGACUAUUCAAGCCCGUAGUUAGUGAAUAUUGUGGACACUUCAAAAUCAACAUAGAGCUCCAAAAGACCUGAAAAGAUGGAGGGUAAAGAGCGUAAGGAGCAGAAGAAACAUCAGCACAAACACAGUGGCCCUAAGGCGCAGAAGAAGAAGAACAAGAAGCAGAGUGGACAAGAGCCUGAUCAAGAUGAGCGCAAGAGAAAUCCCAAGGCCUUUGCCGUCCAGUCAGCUGUGCGGAUGGCCAGGACCUUCCACAGGACUCAAGAUCUGAAAACCAAGAAGCAUCAUAUUCCCCUGGUGGACCGAGCCCCUUUGGAGCCUCCGCCUAUUGUCGUGGUUGUAGUAGGGCCUCCAAAGGUUGGCAAGAGUACCCUGAUUCGCUGCCUUGUCAAAAACUACACACGUCAAAAGCUAGCGGACAUCUGUGGGCCAGUAACAAUAGUAUCAGGUAAGAAGAGGCGCCUGACCUUAAUUGAAUGUCCCAAUGACAUCAACUCAAUGAUAGAUUUGGCAAAGGUGGCUGACCUGGUAUUGAUGCUGAUUGAUGCCAGCUUUGGCUUCGAGAUGGAGACCUUCGAGUUCCUCAACAUCUGCCAGGUGCACGGCUUUCCCCGCAUCAUGGGCGUGCUAACACACUUGGACUCCUUCAAGAACAACAAAUCCCUGCACAAGACCAAGAAACGCCUCAAGCACAGAUUCUGGACUGAGGUCUACCAGGGUGCCAAGCUGUUCUAUCUAUCUGGUAUGGUCUAUGGAGAGUACCAGAUUCGGGAAGUGAAGAACCUGGGGCGCUUCGUCUCUGUCAUGAAGUUCCGACCUCUGCUGUGGCAGACCUCUCACCCUUACGUUGUGGCUGACCGUAUGGAGGAUCUGACCAAUCCUGAGGAUGUCAGGCAAGACCCUAAAUGUGACAGGACCGUCUGUCUCUAUGGCUAUCUGCGUGGCACAUUCCUGAAGAAUAAGGGCCAAGUCCACAUCCCUGGUGUGGGAGACUUUGGGGUGGGCGAUGUGAGCUUCCUGCCGGACCCCUGCCCGCUGCCAGAGGCCCUGAAGAAGAGAGCCCUGAACGAGAAAGAGAGGAUGAUCUACGCCCCUAUGGCUGGCGUCGGGGGAGUUGUGUAUGACAAGGACGCGGUGUACAUCGAUGUGCCAGGUGGCCUUGCUAAGCAGCAACAGGAGGAGGUGAGGCCCACCACAGAGCUGGUGCAGUCGCUCAUUGGCACGCAUGCCACCCUGGAUGCCAAGAUGGCUGCCAGUAAAGUGUCCCUGUUCACAGACACGGCAGCGCUGACGCAGGAGGAGGUGGAAGAGAGCGGGGCCAAGCAAGGGCCCACAGAGAGCCGUGUAUGGGACCCAGAGACAAAUAGAGAGAGGAGGAAGGCUGUCUUCAGUGAGGAAGACAACGAGGACGACGAUGAUGAUGAUGAUGAUGAUGAUGAUGAUGAAGAUGAAGAUAGUGAUGACGAAGAUGGCGGAGAAGAGGAUGAAGACGAGGAAGUAGAUGAAGACAGUGAGGAAGAUGAUGAUGAGGAGGAGGAAGAUGAUGAAGAGGAGAGUGGUCCUCCUGUGGCGAAGAAGCCCAAAGCUGUGGAGAAGGAGGAGGCGAAAGACACGGAGAAGGAUGCUCCUCCAGUGAAGAGACAGAAGGUGGAGGAGGUGGGGAAGAGGAAAGCAGAGAAGGAGGUGAUCGCAGAGAUGCCAGCGUUUGCCGACAGCGAAGACGACCUGGAGAAUAGUGAGGCCGAGGAGGAGAGCGGAGACGAGGAGUCUGAAGAGGAGGAAGAUGAGAUGGAAGGAGAGGAGGAGGAGCAGGUGAAAGGAAAGGGAGCAGCAGAUUCUGGACACUGCUCUGAAGAAGAGGAAGCUGAUGAAGCAGAGGAUGACGAUGAAGACGAAGAGGAUGAGGAAGAGGAAGGUGAAAGUAGUGAUGACGAGGAGGACAAAGACUCUGAAAUGGAGGAAGAAACCUCCAGCGCUAAAAUUCCAGAAAAGAAAGCCAAAGAGUCAAAGGUCACCACACAGCAGCAAGAGGAGGAGGAGGAGGAGGAUGAGCAGGAGGAUGAGCCGAGCUUCGACACAGAAGGAGCCCUGCGCUGGAAACAAGACCUGGCCCAGAAAGCCGCUGAGGCAUACCUGCGGAGACAGCAGGCCGCCCCAAACCUGCGCAAGCUGGUGUAUGGCACAGUGGCGGAAGAGGAUGAUGAGGCCCAAGAAGAGGAGGUGGGUGGAUUGUUCAAGGUCAGCCGGCCGGAGAAGGGCAAGAGGCUGCGAGCCGACGCCGCGGACUGCUCCCGGUUUGAGCCAGACACCAGCCACGACUGGGACCAGGACGAGAUGUUGGACUCCAUAAAGGACUGCUUUGUGACUGGCAAAUGGGAAGGGGACAAAGACGCUGCCACCCUUCUGAAGGAGGAUGAGGAGCUCUACGGGGACUUUGAAGAUCUGGAGACGGGGGAGGUGCACCGCGGCCAAGCCAGGGCGGAGGGGGACAAGGCUGAGGGUGGCAGCGCUGAAGAUGACGAUGACGAUGGUGACGAAGAAGAAGACGAGGAGAAGCCACUGGUGAAGAUGGACGACGAGGAGGUUCAGAAAAACAAGCGUCUGGAGAAAAAAAGACGCUUGAAGGAGCGCUUCGACUCGGCCUACGACGACGGCGGGGACGCCACCUACUUCGAUGACCUCAAGGAGGAGCUGAAGAAACAGGCUGAGCUGAACCGGUCCGAGUUUGAGAACGUGGACGACGAGACACGCGUGCAGUACGAGGGCUUCCGGGCCGGCAUGUACGUCCGCAUGGAGAUCCCCAGCUUGCCCUGCGAGUUUGUUACCAACUUCGACCCCCACUAUCCCAUCAUCAUCCUGGCCCUGGGUGCCAGCGAAGGCAACGUGGGCUACGUUCAAAUGCGUCUGAAGAAGCACCGCUGGCACGGUAAGAUCCUGAAGACGCGCGACCCGCUCAUCCUGUCCAUGGGCUGGCGCCGCUUCCAGACCAUCCCCCUCUACUACAUCGAGGACCACAACGGGCGCCAGCGCCUGCUCAAGUACACACCCGAGCACAUGCACUGCGGCGCCACCAUCUGGGGGCCCAUCACCCCUCAAGGCACGGGCUUCCUGGCAGUGCAGUCCGUCGCCGGCACAAAGGCUGGUUUUCGCAUUGCGGCGACAGGAGUGGUCCUUGACCUGGACAAGUCAGUGACCGUUGUGAAAAAGUUAAAGCUGAUCGGAUACCCUUACAAGAUCUUCAAGAACACCUCUUUUAUUCAGGGCAUGUUCAACACCGUGCUGGAGGUGGCCAAGUUCGAGGGAGCGUCCAUCCGGACAGUCAGCGGUAUUAAAGGUCAGAUCAAGAAGGCCCUGAGGACACCACCCGGAUGUUUCCGUGCCACCUUCGAGGACCGGCUCCUCAUGGCGGAUAUUGUGUUCCUGCGCUCCUGGUACCCGGUGUCAGUGCCCCAGCUGUACAACCCAGUGACGUCCCUGCUGCUGCCCGUGGGCCACAAGGCCAGCUGGACGGGCAUGAGGACCCUGGGACAGCUCAAGCAUGACAUGGGCAUCCGCAACAAACCCAACAAGGACUCCCUCUAUAAGCCCGUAGAGAGGCAGCCGCGCCGCUUCAACCGGCUACAGAUCCCCCGGCAGCUGCAGAAGUCUCUGCCCUUCAAGAGCAAGCCCAAACAGCAGCAGGCCAAGGGCAAGACCCCACGUGACCUCGUACGGCCCGCCGUCAUCCGCGAGCCCCACGAGCGCCAGGUGGCGCAGUUGCUCCACGCGCUGGGCACCGUCUACGGGAACAAGCGGAAGGCGGCGCGCACCGAGCAGCAUGCCAAGCACAAGGACUUCCUCCGUCAGAAGGAGCAGCAGGAGGAGGAGAAGCAGAAGAGGCUGAAGGAGGAGAAGAAGAAGCUCUACCGUGUCAUGGGCCAAAAGGAGAAGAAGCAGCUCAAGUCAAGCCUGAAGGGCAAGGCCAAGGACGACUGAGCAGCAGCAUGCUAACAGCUAACAUUUACCAGGACCCCCCCACCCUC